CUUGGAAGUCUUGUUGCCAAGRAGGACGACUACAAUAAGUCUGCUGCCCUGCACUUUACAGGCAUUACAGGCUCAUACGCAACUACACCAGCCUGGGGCAUCAGUACAAUGACCUUCAGUAUUUCAUUAUGGGUGAAGCUGGAUAGUUUCCCCAGUUACUCGUAUYAUUUCUACAGCUAUUGGYAYAAGCCAUACAUCYUUCACAUGGGCGUCUUUACUAAYGRCGCCCUAGUGUUAACUGGUAGAAGAAAAUCAAAUGACAAUGCCGACCUCUUUGKAGUCGUUGGAGGGAAAGUCGUUUUAAACAAAUGGACCCACAUCGUUAAUGUGUGGAACAGAGAGGCCAAACAGGUAACGGGCUAUCAAGAUGGAUUGAAGGUCUAUCAGAAAACUUUAGACACAUCAGAGUUAGAUUUUCCUGUGCCUACUCGUUCUGUGUUCGAUGUUGGUUUUAAGGGAGAUUCUGAUCGUGUCAUGAAGGGAUGGCUGCGAGAACUCCUCGUGUUUGAUCGAGCAUUGACAAAUGAAGAGGCCAACAUCCUUCAAGAUGCAACGUUGUUGGACCCGAGAAUUUGGAUCGGAGCCCCGCAAACCUACCUGAACAUAGCACCAGUCUCUCAGCCAAAGACUAAUUGCUUUUCCGCGAGRGCCUGGGGGACAUAUCAGUGGGAAGAAGUACCAUGUGACCGGGAACUACAGUUUAUCUGCAAAAAACCGGUUUAACUGGUUCACUUGUUGAUUAACGACGUUCGCGGCCAUCGUUUCGUUAUCUUCGCCUUCGGCAAAUAAUUGUUAAUUGUAUAAAUUGCAUGGUGAGAUCAAUUCAUUUGACUGAUAUUUCAUUUAUUAUAAGUAACACGCACRGGAUCCUGGUUUGCACAAAAUUCGUUUUUGAGAACACAUUUAUAUUUUGUCUUUAUUUUGAGGAAGUAGCACUUAAUAGCUAGUGACUAACAAAGUUGUGGCAAUCGUUCCAUGAUUGAAUUGGAAUUUAGAAGUUAGUUUUUAUAGAGGGAGUAAAGAAAAAACGGAUACCACGGAGAGAAUCCAUUGAAUCACUACAGGACGAGAGUCCACAAGUCCGGGAAUCAAACCCGAGUCGCAAUGGUGAGAUGCAAGUGCAAUAGUUUUGUGAAAAAUGGACUAAACUGAACUGAAUUAUUGUGAA